AUGGACCAACAUGCGGCAUCCGAGUCCAAGAAGGAGAAGGAGAAGAAGAAGGGGGUCGGGAUUCUGUUUAAGAACCCAUAUCUCUUCGGAGUCGCGCUUUUCUCUACUCUCGGUGGCUUCCUCUUUGGAUACGACCAAGGGGUCGUGUCGGGAGUCUUGACCAUGGAGGCCUUCGGCGCCGCUUUUCCCCGCGUGUACUCUGACAGCGGGUUCAAAGGGUGGUUCGUGUCAACCCUCCUGCUCGCUGCUUGGGCGGGAUCCCUCCUCAAUGGAUUCGUCGCCGACAGUCUUGGGCGCAAGAUCGACAUCAUGAUCGGGGUCGUCGUGUUCACUAUCGGGUCGACCAUCCAGGCUGGCGCCGUGAACAUCCCCAUGCUCUUCCUCGGACGCGCCAUCGCCGGACUGGCAGUCGGCAUGAUGACCAUGGUCAUCCCACUCUACAUAUCUGAGGUCUCGCUCCCCGAGAUCAGGGGCGGGCUGGUCGUUCUCCAGCAACUGUCCAUCACCAUCGGCAUCCUCUUCAGUUUCUGGAUCGACUACGGUACCCACUACAUUGGGGGCACACGGUGCGCCCCAGAUAUCGAUUACACCGGGGGAACGGCAUCGGUACGUACGUUCGAUCCUUACAGCGAUGUUGCUCUAGACGGAUGCACUGGGCAAUCCGACGCGUCGUGGAGAAUCCCCCUCGCGCUCCAGAUCUUUCCAGCGCUCGUCCUCGGCAUUGGAAUGCUGUUCUACCCGGACUCUCCCAGAUGGUUACUGAUGAAGGAGCGGGAUGAAGAAGCCAUUUCGACGCUCGCUCGGCUCCGCCGCAAGCCAUCCGGCCACCCAUCUGUCAUCGCAGAAGCUCUGGAGAUCAAAGCCGGAAUCCUCGUCGAGAACACCUAUAUCCGAGACCACUUUGCCGGUCUCAGCGGAUGCAGACUUCAGGUCGCCCAGUACAGCUCCAUGCUCACCCACUCUGGACGAUUCAAGCGUCUGGCCGUCGGAUGCUGCGUCAUGUUCUUCCAGCAGUUCAUGGGCUGCAAUGCCAUGAUCUACUACGCACCCACGAUCUUCGCUUCGCUCGGCCUGGACGGCAACACCACGUCGCUGCUCGCAACCGGAGUCUACGGCAUCAUCAACAUGCUCGCCACGCUCCCCGCCCUGCUAUUCAUCGACCGCGUCGGCCGCAGACCCCUCCUCAUGUCCGGCGCCGCGGGAACCUUCCUCUCGCUCGUCGUCGUCGGCGCCAUCAUCGCCGCCUUCGGCCCCGAAGGCCUCGCGGCCAACAAAGCCGCCGGCUGGGCCGGCAUCGCAUUCAUCUACGUCUACGACGUCAACUUCUCCUACUCCUUCGCGCCCAUCGGCUGGGUCCUCCCGUCCGAGAUCUUCCCGCUGUCCAUCCGCUCCAAAGCCAUCUCCGUGACGACCUCAACGACCUGGAUGUGCAACUUCGUCAUCGGGCUCGCGACGCCGGACAUGCUGGCGACCAUCACGUACGGGACGUACUUCUUCUUCGCGGCCUUCUGCCUGCUGGCGUUGGCGUUUACGUAUUUCUGCGUUCCCGAGACGCAGGGGAGGAGGCUCGAGGAUAUGGAUCUGGUGUUUGGGGAUCGGGAUGCGCACGAGGAGAAGGAGAGGGUUAGGGCUGUGGAGGCUCAGCUGAGGGGCGUGAGGAUCGAUGGGGAGCUGGAGAAGGAGGGGUUAGAGGUGCUGCAUCAUGAGGUGUGA